CUGUAAUCUUGUAAUCUUUCCCGAAUUUCCUGAAAUGACGCCGUAAUGCUCGGGAGUACCUAGUUGUAGAUCUGAUAUCUUGCAGCUUCGUUUUUCUCCAUCCGAUCUAUCUAAUUAUCAAUGAAAUAAUCUCUUUCAAAGCUGUACAAGUAGAAGCAGAGGCAGGCGAGAAUAGAUACCCGGGCUGUCGAGUCGCAAUUUAUCUCCUUAGAAUAUUGAAGCUUACAGCAUUAUCACCACUCUAAGAGAUUGUACCUUCGCCUUACCUUACCUACCUUACAGACCUUACGUACCUUUACGUCAGAGCCUCGCUCGUACAUUCUUCCAACUUAAUCUCUACUAUACCUACCGUAUACUACAUACCAAAACCCCCAAUACGGCGAACAAUCUCUCGAUUGCUCAAUCCUUCCCUCAACGAAAUCGAUUCGCCGUCAUUUCCUCCUUUCCCUCGUGUUAAUCGCCGCCCGACCCUACCAUAUCCUCGGGUCGAAUAUCUAUCCCGUCGUAAUUAGAUAUUACCAAAAUAAAUAUCAGUCUGGUUAUAUAAUAACUUGACUUCCUGGCAAAAGCCAUGGCUGCGCGACCUACCACACCGGCGUCGCCUAAGAAUGUCAAAAUCAACUCCCCUACCCCGGGGACACCCUUGUUUGGCUGUGAGCAUGUUCAGCUCCUAUUAUCGAAUAGCCCCGAUGUCAUGAACAGCUCCAUCCAGUACUACAAGAUGUUACUACGAGUCAUCUUCGACGGUAACCCCUUGGUGCCACAAACUUGCAAGACUCCCGACGGACAGAUCAUCACGUCCUUAACUUCGAACUACCUUUGCCUUCAGUGUUCUACUAUCGUGCCGGAGGAAGAGCGUUCGAAGCACGGCAAUAAGAAAAGUCACCGAUUUUAUGUUGACUCCCGAAGUGGUGCACUAUUCUGUCAAUUCUGUGAGGAUUUUGUAUGGGACCCAACUCUAGACGAACUCAGAGUGAGAAAGAUAGGUACUGGAUCAUUUUCGAGCCGUAAGAGAAAGCACGAAGAGAUGUUUUCAGACGCCGUUAAGGACCCUCUAAAAGAUGAUCCAAGGUAUAUCUCCACCAACACUACCAUCGCGUCAUGUAGGGCAGACGGCCUCCGAGGUAUCUACAACGCCGGAGCAACAUGUUAUCAAAACGUGGUCUUGCAAAGUUUUCUUCACAAUCCUCUUCUCAGGAACUUCUACCUAAGCGACGGCCAUCAGAGCUCUGAUUGUCAAGUACCCCAUUGUCUAAGCUGCGCGAUGGACGAUAUGUUCCAGGAUUUCUACGCUCUCGAGAAUACUAAUGGCUAUACGGCGGCCAAUAUCCUUUCUGGCUUUUGGAUAUCUGAGAAGAAGGCUUUUGAGAAUCUAGUCACAACCAAGGAGCAAGAUGCACAUGAAUUUUUCCAGUUUCUGGCUGAGGAGCUUCAUGAGAGGAACGGAGAUGGUAAGAAGCCGGAGACAGGCAGCGAGCACAGCUGCAAUUGCAUCAUUCACCAAACGUUCUACGGAAAACAGCAAAGUCAGACCACCUGCCAAUCUUGCGGCGGCGUUACGAAUGCAGUGGAGUCGUUUCUCGACUUGAGUCUAGGUCUAGAGAACUUAUCUCAUAAGAAGAGUAAGAAGGCUGCAAAGAACGCCUCUCUAUCUUUGCAGGAGUGUCUCGACGAAGAGUACAUCAAGUCCGACAAGUGUGAAUAUCGGUGUAGGAACUGUCAUUCAUCACAACAAGCACGAAGAGACCAUAGCAUAAAACUUUUACCAAAUGUGCUGUCUAUACAACUUAAGCGGUUCGAGUUCAAGCAGGGCAACCGGGAUCGUGUUGCUUCAAAAAUUAGUACAAAAGUACAGUUUCCGUUGCAACUAAACAUGCUUCCAUACACUACUCGUGGUAGAGCAUCAGAUGCUCGAGAUAGUCAGGAGCUUAAGAGAUCAUGUACAUACGACCUAUUGAGUGUUGUGGAGCAUGUUGGUGAGAUCGAUACGGGACACUACGUGACGUACUCUCGUGUUGGCGAUCAAUGGUUUUCCUUCAACGAUCACAGAGUCGAACUAGCCAAGAAAUCCGAUGUACUCGGAAGCCAAGCUUACUUACUAUUCUACAUUAUCCGAUCAUUGGCGUAAAAGUGGUUUUCAAUCAGGGGAGCAUUAGGCUGGACGGCGGUGUUUUUGAAGCAUUUACAUGGCUCGGGACGCAAUGACUUAUUACGUUGCACACUACCUUUGAAUAGAGGCAUCAUCACAUAGAGCAAUUCUACGACUACGAUUGAAUUUCCAUCAUUAUAAACUUUGCUAUUUACCGCG